GGAAUACGGGUGUGAGAUAAAAAAGCGAGUGUUGUUAGUGUGGCUAGUCAGUGCAGGUCACAACAAACCUGAAACAUCGCCAGGGUUUUAAAUCAAACUUCAGACUGUGAGGAGUUUUUAUUUUUGUUCCUACUUAAUCGGCAUCUUUAAGCCAGAUGUUACCGAAAUGACAACAAAGCUGUGGAUAACGCUGGCCGUCAUUCUGCUCUCUUAUCGGAGCGAGUGCCACGAGGCCGUCCUGCACGUCUCCGAUUGGACCACGUAUAAGGAGUACUGUCUCGUUUACAACGCAUCAUGGUCCAACAUCUCCAGCUCUCUUAGUGAUGCUCCGCGGUAUAAGCUGGUGAACUUGACCUCGACCACGCUGUGUGAUGUGGGCAGAGUAAAGCUGGACUUGAAGGGCACAGCGGUGUGUGUGAUGAGGGGAGAAUGUGCCUUCAGCCAGAAAGCUCAGGUGGCUCAGCAACUCGGAGUCAAAGUGCUCCUCAUCGCCAGCAAAGAGGCCAUGGGGACUCCGUCAGCCAAUGACAGCGAGUAUGAUAAAGUGACCAUUCCUCUGGCCCUCCUGAGAUACCGCGACUUCCUGGAUAUGCAGAAGGUGUUUACAGAUGGGAUGGAGGUGCAGCUCUAUGCUCCGCCCUCUCCCGAUUUUGACGCCAGCGUCAUCAUCAUGCUUCUGAUCGCCGUCUUCACCGUGGCCAUGGGCGGCUUCUGGAGCGGGGCUGCUGAGAAAGCAAAGCAGAGCGUGACGUCGCUCUCUGCAGGAGAGGAGCGGUCAGACAGCGGAGAUCUUACACUCUACUCACCGCUGAAGGUGCUGCUGUUCGUGGCGCUCAUGUGUGUGAUGCUCGUCCUCAUGUAUUUCUUCUACAGGUAUCUCGUGUACGUGAUCAUCGUGAUCUUCUGCCUGGCCUCAGCUACAGGACUCUACAGCUGCCUUGAGGCACUACUGAAUGCAGUGGGGUGCAGUAAAUUGAGUGUAUCCUGUGGUGAGAAGAGCUGCUCUAUCAGGAAUCUGCUUCUUGCUGCUGUGUGCAUCAUUCUGGCUGUGGUUUGGGGUGUGUACCGAAAUGAGGACAGGUGGAUCUGGAUCUUGCAGGAUGUUCUGGGGAUUGCUUUCUGUCUAAACUUCAUGAAGACCAUCACACUGUCUAAUUACAAGAUCUGUGUGAUCUUGCUCAGCCUGCUGCUUGUUUAUGACGUCUUCUUCGUCUUCAUCACGCCAUUCCUCACACCUAAUGGAGAGAGCAUCAUGGUGCAAGUUGCUCUCGGCCCCGGUGCUGGAGGAGAAAAGGGCAGUGGGGAUGUGGUGGUUCCGGCAGAUCCCACACCCUCAUAUGAGAAAUUGCCUGUGGUGAUGCGUAUUCCACGGUUCUCGGCGUGGGCUGAGAAUUUGUGUGAGAUGCAGUUCUCCAUCCUCGGUUACGGUGACAUCAUCAUUCCAGGUCUGUUGGUGGCGUACUGUCACCGUUUUGAUGUGUGGACUGGGAGCUCCAGCAGGAUCUACUUCGUCUCCUGUGCUGUCGCCUACGCUCUGGGUCUGGUGCUGACCUUCGUGGUCAUGUUGCUGUCUAAGAUGGGUCAACCGGCUCUGCUGUACCUGGUCCCGUUCACUCUGCUGACCAGUGGCCUGCUCGCCUGGAAACGCAAAGAGUUCAAGCAGUUCUGGGCGGGAACUACCUACCAGGUUUUGGACUCGUCCAGGGAACCUUUAAUUCCAGAAGGAGACGCUGAAUACUACAGCGCAGUGAGGAAGUGCUGAUCAGCUGGAUUUUACGAGUGUGUGUGUGUGUGUGUGUGUGAGUGUGCCUGAGUGUGAGUGUGCCUGAGUGUGAGUGUGCCUGAGUGUGAGUGUGCCUGAGUGUGAGUGUGCCUGAGUGUGUGUGUGCCUGAGUGUGUGUGUGCCUGUGUGUGUGUGUGUGCCUGUGUGUGUGAGUGUGCCUGUGUGUGUGCCUGAGUGUGUGUGUGUAUCGAGCACUUUAAGCCCUGUGAUUGGCUGUAUCAGGACCAAUACAGUCUUAUUGCUCUCUCUUUAAUAAACGACAUUAAUAUCUAUUAAAAAAAAUAAAUAAAGGCCUUAACGAGUGCCUCAGGCUCCGCCCACACCUCACCUUGACACGUGUGGAGGCAAGACAGAAACAUCCGGAACACGAAAUGUCCCUGUUGGUCUGUGUGUGUGUGUGUGUGUGUGUGUGUGUGUGUGUGUGUGUGUGUGUGUGUGUGUGUGAGACAUCAUGAGCAGGUGAUUGAGCUGGACUUCCUGCUCCACAGGUCGGUGCUGAACACUGUGAGAUGCUGCACAGGUGGAACCUCCAUCAUGUGUUGAACCGGGGCCUGUGUGUGUGUGUGUGUUUUUAAUAAUGAUUCAGUGUUUCUGUAUUUAAUCAGGUCUUCAUUAAUCUCUUCUUUUCUUUCCUUAAAUUAAAGAUGAACAAAAGUUUUGCUGCCA